CUGUCUGGGAGGUAAACACUUCUAUGUUUAAGAGUGACGUACAAAUUGCUACAGUUCUUCUAUCUAGAUUAAACUUCAAAAGGAAAGAAACAGGUGUCGAAAAACCUACACUACAGCGUUUUAAUUGUUUCAUUAUAACGCACAGACUACAACAGCAAACCAGCGAUUGUACCACGAGAUGUCUACGCUGUUUUCGUUUGCGCACCCUGCUGUCAAGAGAAUACUUGGUUGGAAGCAAGGCGACGAGGAGGAAAAAUGGGCCGAAAUUGCAAUUUCAUACUUGGCUAGAAGGCUCAAAAAGAAGAAAGGUGCUAUGGAGGAGCUGGAAAAAGCGCUUUCCAACCCGAAUCAACUAUCACAAUGCGUUACUCUCCCUCGAGGCACCGAUGGACGAAUUCAAGUUCGUCACAAGAAAGGGUUGCCUCAUGUUAUCUAUUGCCGCAUUUGGCGAUGGCCCGAUCUCCAGAGUCCUCACGAAUUAAAGGCACUGGAUUGUUGCGAAUAUGCUUUUGGUUUGAAAAAGAAAGAAGUCUGUAUCAAUCCUUUCCACUAUAGUCGCGUGGAGAGCCCAGUGUUACCUCCAGUGUUGGUGCCACGGCAAAGUGAAUACCCAAAACCUCAACCACCCUUACCGCCCCCAUUUCAAAGUGCAGCAGAACCUCCAUUGCCAUACAAUGCUUGUUUCCCUUUCAAACAACAAGCACGUAGGCCUGAGGGCAGCAUGAACAUGUACAUGGCAGAGUCACCCAAAAGUUAUAUAUCAGAGGAUGCAGAAUCACCAUGUCCUACAGACCCAAAUACUAUGGAUGUAGAUGUUGUUGGAUCUCUGCCAACAAUGGUGAACCAACCAUAUUUAUCUCAUGUUACUCCAGUAAGCUAUCAAGAACCAAUAUCAUGGUGUUCUAUCUCUUACUAUGAGCUGAACAACAGAGUUGGAGAUCAGUUCCAUGCUUAUCGUAACAGUAUCAUGGUAGAUGGAUUCACAGAUCCAAACACCAAAAACUCAGAAAGAUUCUGUUUAGGUCAAUUAACCAAUGUCAGUCGUAACUCAACCAUUGAGAGUGCAAGGCGACAUAUUGGAAAAGGUGUGCAUCUGUACUACGUGGGUGGAGAGGUUUUUGCUGAAUGCCUCAGUGACUCUGCCAUCUUUGUGCAGAGUAGAAAUUGCAACAACAGCCAUGGUUUUCACCCUACAACAGUGUGUAAGAUCCCUUCAGGCUGUACCUUGAAAAUUUUCAACAACCAAGAAUUUGCACAGUUGCUUUCUCAGUCUGUUAAUUAUGAUUUUAAGGCUGUAUACGAUUUGGUAAAGAUGUGUUCCAUUCGGCUGAGUUUUGUCAAAGGCUGGGGGGCUGAGUAUCAUCGCCAAGAUGUUACAAGUACACCGUGCUGGAUUGAAAUUCAUCUGCGUGGUCCUCUGCAAUGGCUUGACAAGGUGCUGACUCAGAUGAAUACAGAAGGAAUGAAUUCAACAAACUCAUUUGAUUGAUCUGUGUAAUCUUAUAUGUUGUUCCAGGAAAUAUCCAUGCAUUAACAUGAAUCAAGUUUUGGUUUAAAAGGUCCCCCCUUUCCCUGACUCUGAACAAAUUCCUUUGCCUCCUCUCCCCCUCCCUUACCACCACAGGCAUAGUUGGGUUAAGUCACUGCCCCUUCCAUAAUCAUCUGCCUUCUUGAGUGGUGUAAUUCUUUUCCAAUCAAAUAUAUUGACAAUCAAACUUGUUUUCUAUAUAUCUGGUCAGAGAAAUGUAAGAAAUCUGCAAAUAAUUGCUUCUUAAACAAUAGCUGAAGAUAACUCAUACUGAGUACAUUAGUGGGAAAGGAUUGUUUGCUUUUGGUCAAGCUUGUAAGAGGUAAUUACUAUAAGGGUGGGCAUAGAUGUUUCCUGGGAAAAAAAAGGCUAGAGUCUGUACUGGAGCCAAGGGGUCCACCCGUCCAGGGCUUAUCCCCGUUUUCAUGUAGCAUGAAGUGACUAAGAGUAUGACUUUCUCCCCCCUGAAUGAUGUGCCAAUGACCCAGCCAUGUGUUGAAACCAGGACCUCUCAACCCCAAGACCAGCACACUUUUAACUAUCAAGCUCACCAUGUCUCUUACAGAUGUUUCCUUGAGUAAAGCAUCCAAAACAAUUAUCAUACUCGUAUGAACUAGAUAACAAACCAGCAAAAUUAAUUGGACUUCUAUUGUAUUCCUACCUCAUGAUUUAGUUAACGUCGUAAAUACUGCCAUAAUUAAAUCACAAAAAAUUAAAAAUUAAACUAAGGAGGUAGCGUGGCCAAGUGGCCUUAAGGGUCUGGAUGGCAUUGUCUGUUUUAGAUCUAAACCUUGCAAACUUCCCCCCCCCCUCCCUUCUCCAUCAGAGGUGAAGGGGUUCCCCUAAUGAUGUAAUAUAUUAUAACAAUAUUGUUGUUUUUAGUGAAAUUAUGAGGACUCAUCUUAGCUUGUAAAAUCAAGCAAUGAUUAUUUAAGAUUUUAUAACUAUUACUCUUGGAUUCAGAUCAUUUACUCUGUAAUAUACUGUAUAAAGUUUUUUUUC